GUGCGCAGGCGCUUUGUUUUCCCUGGCUAGACCCGCGCGCAGGCGGAAAGCCCUACGCUCCGCAGCAGUGACAACAGCGGUUCCCAGGCGCCACUACGUUGGGCUUGCCAGGCAGUUUCAUGACCGUCUUUUUUGAGGUGCGUUCCCAAGCCAAGCGGAAACUCGAGAAGAUUGGCCCAUUGUUAAGACAGCUACAUCCAUAAAGGAGCAUGACAUCAGACGGGUAUGGCAGCAGGAGCAGGGAACCAGAGCUGACAUCUCAGUCACACAUAGGGAGCAGAGAGAAACAGGAAGGUGGGUGAGCCUGUAAGCCCUGAAACACCACGCCUUGAGAUGUCCUUCCUUCAGUAAGGUUGUACCUAAACAUUCUAUAGUCUCCUCAAAUAGUGCUACCAACUGUUGACCACUGUUCAAAUGCACAAGCCUAUGAGGAACAUUUCUCACUCAAACCGCCAUGUUCUCCAUCAUCUUGAAGCAGCUGACUUGAGUAAAUGUUAGAACAGCUUUUUUUUUUUUUUUUUUUUUUUUAUUAACUUGAGUAUUUCUUAUAUACAUUUCGAGUGUUAUUCCCUUUCCCGGUUUCCGGGCAGACAUCCCCCUCCCCUUCCUUAUGGGUGUUUCCCUCCCAACCCUCCCCCAUUGCCACAUGUGGGGCAGGCUCUGAAUGGGUGUUCCUUCAGUCUCUGUUUUAAUCUUUGCCUCUCCCUUCCCUGCCAAGGGUAUUCUUUUUCCUCAUUUAAAGAAGGAGUGAAGCAUUCACAUUUUGAUCAUCCGUUUUGAGUUUCGUUUGUAGAACAGCUUUUUAAAGACACAGUUACUGUGCCGUAAAAUGAAUAGGAGGAGAAACUACUGAGGUAACAGAAACUCAGGUCUCUUUCAAGGUGGAUCCUGUCUUCUAACCUUUAGAUAUGUACAUUUAUGUGAAAAUAACUGUGUAGAUCCCAGGAAACUAGAAGGAAUCGAGUGCUAAAGGGGGAAACGGAAUCUUUAGUGGAAGUAGAAUGCCUGUUAUAUGCAAAUGGAAAGGAGAAUGCUGGGAGUGAAGAGGUAUGAGGAGGUGUGACCGAGACACAGAGGAGAGGAGUCAACCCAAACUAAGGACACAUGAAAACAUCACAAAAAACAAAAAACAAAAAACAAAACAUGAGUCUUGAUAGGGGAACAAAAAUAAGAGUAAUAGUUUAAAUAGAGGUUCCUUGUGUAGGUAACAAAAGCUGUUAAAUAACCCUGAGUCAUGGAUGCUAACUAAAAGCCUGUGUCAGGGAUGACACCUCCCUAUGGAUUGCUGAUCAGGGAGUCUCAUGGAAGGGGGGGGGGCAAGACAGGCAUCUGCUAUUGUUUGCUCACCAGGACUAGGUAGUAAAAUCAGGUUGCUGAAGAUGCCCCAUUUCUUGACCACAAGACAUAGAAAAUCAAGCUACAACUUGGCUGGAAAUCUCUUCCUUGCUGGUGAUCACUCCAAAAGCCAGAAGGUGUUACAUAGGCUGUUGGAGAGAAUUGUUCCCAACACCCUUACUUAGCUGUGGACCCUGUGUGAAUAGUACUGACAGGCUAGAUAAGAUAAGCCCACUAGUACAUCAGUGGUAGGGGAUACCCAACUGCUAUCUGGUUAGGUUUCAUGUCCACCGCCGGAAGGAAUUCACAGUCAAAAAGCCUGUGGUUAGGGAGGUUAUGUUUCCCAAUGGGGAAGUACUGCUGUUGCUUUGCUAAAUGGACAUGAUGUUCCCAUUAAUUUACACUGUAAUAUAACUGUUUGUGUUCAUAGGGUACUAGUUAUCUGCUUAGGUCGGUAAAAUUUCUUCCUGCAGUUGUCAGUUUUGUCUGAAGAAAUACAACUGGUCAAAGUACUCAGAGCAAAUGACCACUGAUAAUAAAUGAGACAUCUGUUUAGUCACAUAUAAGACUUCUGAGUACCACAGAAAGAGGGCGGGAUGAAUCUAUGAGUUGGAGGAAAGGAGUUGUCAAUGCUGUUGUGGUGGUGACUUCUGAGCAUGAUAUAAGUGCUGUACUCCUGGACUCACUACAGCUAUGAGUACUUAUGUAAGACAUGCACACCAUUAGUCCUGUACUGUCCAUAUUUGUUUACGGAAGGAGAGAGAUUUGUGGAGUCCCACCCCUUCCUGAGGAGUCAUCCAUAUCAGUUGGUGGUUGAUAGGGGAAGGAGACACCUCUUUUUCAGGUAUAGCCAUUGACAAGGUGCUCAUGGCCCUGUCAAGAAACCCUAAUGAAAUCCACUGGGUUGUUAUAAUAAAAUUGAGACGUGGAAGCAGAGGAGUGGCUAGUUUGGAAGAGAAGGAGUAUUAGUGGGAGUGGAGGAGACAGAAUAGGAUAAUGGGGCUGAAUAGGAUCAAAGUACAUUAUGUACACGUAUGAGAAUACUAAAAUGAACUCCAUCCUUUGUAUGUAGUUGAUAUAUGCUAAUAAGAACUAAUCUUCAGUUCCACCUUGAACAGUUGCAGUUAUAUAGGCAGCCAGCUGGCAGCAGUCUCGAAUGCCGAGGUUCUCCAGAAGGUGUGAUAUGCUCCAAUCAGUGUGCAAUAUAUGGUUUCUUCCAUUACUCAGGCUUUGCAGGUCCAGCAUGGAGAUGUGGAAAUGGAAAUGGUACCUCAUCAGCAUCUGCAGUGAGCCAGUAGCCAAACUUGUGUUUUGUGUUCCCACACGUUUAUGCUAUGUUGGCCUAGAAGUCUUGAUUCCAGAAGUGGGGUUGCUUCGGCCAGGAGGCACAGGAGACAUUCCCUGAUCUGGAAGCUAAGACUACUCUGUAGCCACUCUGGAAGCAACAAUAGAGUUAGGAGGGGUGGUUGACCCAGACCAAAUGGAAACUGGACUUUUUCCCACAGUAGAGGUAAGCAAGAGCAUAUCAAACGCAAGGGAUCUGCAUUGUGAUUAAAGCCAAUGGGAAACUACAACAACUCAACCCAGGUAGGAUGAUACUUAACCAAGACCCUUCAAGAGUGAAAGCAUCGAUCACUUUUCCAGGUAAAGGACCAAGAGUGCCUGAGGACCAAGAAGCAGAGGGUGGAGGGGCUAGGGAACGGGUGUAGAAGAUAAUUAUAACUCCAGCUAAGGCUACAAGAUUUGUUAUAGAAAUGAGGAUUAUUAUUGCCAUGAGUGUUCCUGUCCCAAUUUUGUUCAGAAUAUGCUUGAGUAAAGAGAUGCAUAUGUUAAGCAAAUAUCUGUGUUUUCAUUUUUUUCUGAUCCUCUAGCUAGUAAUGUAAUGACUGAGAUGAUAUCAGUAAUUAAAUGUUCUUAAAUUUAUAUUGUCUCAAUUCAGCUUUAAGACACUAAGGACUGCAUUCCUCCAGGGAGUUUGUCAGUUAUUCUUUGGGAAAAAUGGUGUAUUUUCACUGGUAAUGAGAUAAGUAUAUGUUAAGCUCAACUAAGAAACACGUUUUCAAGAAGCCCCUCCCCUAGAGUGGGUGGCACUUUUCAAUGGUAACCACCUACAUAAAAGGAAGUCUAGUUGGGAAACUGUUCUGUUCCUUGCCCAGAAGUCUUGCUGAAGGGAAACCUCCACUUCCUGCUUGUGAGAGUAUUAAUCCCUGCUGCAGCUGUCCAUCCCCACUGACAUCAGACUCCAGUUUCUCCAGGAUCCAGUGUGUUCUGAAGAUCAGCAGCUCUCCCGGAGUCUUCAAGGCGCCAGAUUUGGAAGUCUGAGGCAUCUGGCUUUGUAACCUGAGCAGCUGCCAGGUUCCAGCCAUUAUCUGACUGGGCUGUGCGGACCCACCCAGCACAUUCAGAGGAUAACAGGAGAUGGCGAAGUCAGAGGGAAGAAAGUCUGCUUCCCAGGACACAUCGGAGAAUGGCAUGGAGAACCCAGGCCUGGAGCUCAUGGAAGUCGGAAACCUUGAGCAAGGCAAAACACUGGAGGAAGUGACACAGGGACAUAGCCUGAAGGAUGGCUUGGGGCAUUCCUCUCUCUGGAGGAGGAUUCUUCAGCCCUUCACCAAGGCGAGAAGUUUCUAUCAAAGACAUGCUGGUUUAUUCAAAAAGAUCCUGCUUGGUCUCUUGUGUUUAGCGUAUGCUGCCUACCUCCUGGCAGCUUGCAUCCUGAACUUCCGGAGGGCACAGGCCUUGUUUGUCAUCACCUGCCUUGUCAUCUUCAUCCUGGCUUGCCACUUUCUGAAAAAAUUCUUUGCUAAAAAGUCAAUAAGAUGCUUGAAGCCCUUGAAAAACACCCGCCUGAGACUUUGGCUUAAGAGGGUGUUCAUGGGAGCCGCUGUUGUCGGCCUUAUUCUCUGGCUGGCUCUGGACACAGCUCAAAGGCCAGAGCAGCUGAUCUCCUUUGCGGGAAUCUGCAUGUUCAUCCUCAUCCUCUUUGCCUGCUCCAAACACCACAGUGCGGUGAGCUGGAGGACAGUGUUUUGGGGCCUGGGCCUUCAGUUCGUCUUUGGGAUUUUGGUCAUCAGAACUGAACCUGGAUUUAAUGCAUUUCAAUGGCUGGGAGAUCAGAUCCAGAUUUUCCUGGCAUAUACUGUAGAAGGAUCCAGUUUUGUUUUUGGUGACACACUGGUCCAAAGUGUUUUUGCUUUUCAGUCUCUCCCAAUCAUUAUUUUCUUCGGAUGUGUGAUGUCUAUUCUCUACUACCUGGGCCUUGUGCAGUGGGUGAUCCAGAAGAUUGCCUGGUUCCUGCAAAUCACCAUGGGUACCACAGCUGCAGAGACCCUGGCCGUGGCAGGAAACAUCUUUGUGGGAAUGACAGAGGCACCUCUGCUCAUCCGUCCCUACCUUGCAGACAUGACCCUCUCUGAAAUCCAUGCAGUGAUGACUGGAGGCUUUGCUACUAUAGCAGGCACAGUGUUGGGAGCCUUCAUAUCCUUUGGGAUUGAUGCAUCAUCCUUGAUUUCUGCCUCAGUGAUGGCUGCCCCUUGUGCACUUGCCUUGUCCAAACUGGUAUAUCCAGAAGUAGAAGAGUCCAAGUUCAAGAGCAAGGAGGGAGUGAAGCUGCCUCGAGGGGAAGAGAGGAAUAUUCUGGAAGCCGCGAGCAACGGAGCCACAGAUGCCAUAGGCCUUGUUGCUAAUGUUGCAGCCAACCUGAUUGCCUUUCUGGCUGUAUUGGCCUUCAUCAAUUCUACCCUUUCCUGGCUGGGGGAAAUGGUGGAUAUCCAUGGACUCACUUUCCAGGUCAUCUGCUCCUAUGUCCUAAGGCCAAUGGUUUUCAUGAUGGGUGUACAGUGGGCAGACUGCCCAUUGGUGGCUGAGAUAGUGGGAGUCAAAUUCUUCAUAAAUGAAUUUGUGGCCUAUCAACAACUGUCUCAGUACAAGAACAAACGUCUCUCUGGAGUCGAAGAGUGGAUCAAUGGCGAGAAACAGUGGAUUUCUGUGAAGGCUGAAAUCAUUGCAACAUUUUCUCUCUGUGGAUUUGCCAAUCUUACUUCCAUAGGGAUCACACUGGGAGGCUUGACAUCCAUGGUUCCCCAACGGAAGAGUGACUUGUGCAAGCUUGUGGUCAGGGCCCUCUUCACAGGUGCCUGUGUUUCCUUCAUCAGUGCCUGUAUGGCAGGAAUCCUCUAUGUUCCCAGAGGCGCUGAAACUGACUGUGUCUCAUUCUUAAACACAAAUUUCACCAACAGAACCUAUGAGACAUAUGUGUGCUGCAGAGAGCUCUUCCAGAGUACUUUGCUGAAUGGCACCAACAUGCCUUCUUUCUCAGGCCCCUGGCAAGACAAGGAGUCCAGCCUCAGGAAUCUUGCUAAAUGCUGUGACCUCUAUACCAGCACUGUGUGUGCCUGAGGCUGGUGGGGCCAUUCCGUGACAGUUCUUAUAGAACAGAUUCGUAUUACCAAAUACAUGUUCAUGUACUUAGGCUUAUUCUCUGAGAACUGCACUAAACUCCACAAAAUGAAAGUCCUGAUCUCACUGUGGCUCUGUAUAAAAACCAGCAUCCACCUUUCCACUGGCAUGCCACAUAGUAGAUGUGAAAUUCAUUAUAGACCCUCUUGAGCCAAAGUAUGGUGGGAAUGUAGCUAAGGGGGAAAUAUGUGUGUGGUAAGUGCUAAGAUGGAGAUUCAACCCCUGGCCAGGGCCAGAGUGGGGAGAGUGGGGAAAUCCAAGUAGAUGCUUAGAUUUAACUUGGUGGUACACCCCUGUGGUCACUUACCUGUAAGCUCAGAGCUAAGGGGAUUGCCUCAGAUCCAAGGCAAGCCUGGCCCGAACCCUGAAGUCUUUCACAGAAGUGAUAGAGUAGAGGCCAUGUCCUUGGGCAGGGAUGGAGGUGAGGGAAUAUAUUUCUAAAGUUAUAUGGGAAACACUUGUGAAUACUUAAUGAUAACAUAUUUUUUAUUGCCAAAGGUUGUAUACUUAAAAACUCUUUUCAUUUUCAUACAUUACUAAAAAGCUUUCUGUAAUAAAGUGUUUUUAUGUA